CGGCCCAGGCAGUCGUUGCAGCCCGAGUGAGCCCGGAACUCCUCUUCCCUCACGGCCGCGGACGGCUGCGUUCCGGCGGGACGGGAGUCGGCCUUCGCUGGGCUCCGCGCUCAGCCUUGCGGGCAGCUCUGGACGCAGGCGGAGCGGCCCACUCUUCCCCGCAGAGCAGCCUGUCUUUGUUAUGGACGUGCUCCAGCCCCCUGAUCAUCUUUGUGUCUCUCCUCUGGACCCUCUCCAACAGCUGUCUUUCUUGGACUGGUGACUCCAGACCUGCGCACAGUUGAAAGGCUCCAGUUCAAUUCUGCUUUCCAGCCAUGAUCAUCUCGGCUGCAGGAGAGCAGCAGAUGGCCACAGCACAUCCAUCUCAGGAGCCCGUGAGCUUUGCGGAGGUGGCCGUGUCUUUCAGCAGGGAGGAGUGGGCGCUGCUGGACCCUGCGCAGCGAGCGCUGUACCGGGACGUGAUGCUGGAGACGUACCAGUGCGUGGCCUCGCUGGCUCCACAUCCAGUCCCCAAAUGCCUGCUGAUCUCCCUGUGUGAAGGAGGGGAUGAUCCCUGGAUCCCGGAUGUGCGUAGCCCUGAGACUGUGCCAACAGACCUCAGCCCAGGAGCUGUGAUCACAGAUUUUAAGGAGGAUCUGCCCAAAACUAGCGUUGCCGAAAGGCAGUAUAGUAGUGCAUCUGUAAGGAAAGCAAGAAAGCAUGCCCAGAGUGGCCUGGAGCAAGGAGAUCACUUCAAGAAGCCACUGGGAAAGCAUUCUGGAAGGAGAGCAAGGAACCAUCUCAGCUUCAGCACAAGUCAGAAGGAGCCUGAAGACCCCAAGUGUAAGCAAGUGUGCCAGAAGAAAAAGCAGAAGUAUUGCACUGAAUCUGUGAAAAGCUUUAAAAGUUGUUCUGAGUUUGUUAACCACCAGUGUGUAAACUCAGAAAAACAACUGUAUAAGUGCUCUGAUUGUGGAAAGAGCUUCAAAUGGAGAGCCAACCUUACGCGCCACAAGAGCAUCCACAUGGAAGAGAGACCCUAUAAGUGUCUUGAGUGUGGAAAGAGUUUCAGAAUCAGUUCUGACCUCAUUCUUCACCAGCGCAUUCACACAGGAGAGAGACCCUUUAGGUGCUCUGAGUGUGGGAAGAGCUUCAAAAGAAGUUCCCACCUCAUCCACCACCAGCGCAUCCACACAGGAGAGAGACCCUUUAGGUGCUCUGAGUGUGGGAAGAGCUUCAAACACAGUUCAAACCUCACAGUACACCAGCGCAUCCACACUGGAGAGAAACCCUUUAAGUGUUCAGAGUGUUUGAAGAGCUUCAAAAGCAGUUCCCACCUCAUCCAACACCAGCACGUCCACACAGGAGAGAGACCAUACAAGUGCCCUGAAUGUGGCAAGAGCUUCAAAAAGACUUCCCAUGUCAUUCUCCACCAGCGCAUCCACACAGAGGAGAGACCCUUCAAGUGCUCUGAGUGUGGGAAGGGCUUUAGAAGCAGUUCAAAUCUCAAAUCCCAUAAGCAUGUGCACAGAGGAAACAGAAAGUAGACGUGUUUAAGAACAGAAGGUAGAAGGUUUAAACCAGCAGGCCGCUCAGCAGUCAUUUUCUCACUCUUCUCUUUCCCUCUGUGAUGGAGGAGAGAACAAAAGAAAAACCCAUGAAGUAGAACUUACAGGUUUAGAUGAAGUUUUCACUUAGAUAAAGGAUAAAUGUCAUGACAGUGUGCAUAUAUAUAUGAACUGUAUAACAACUGACAUGCUGGGAACUGCUCUGGUUUCUGCCAGAGGCUCCAAGUGGAGCCAUUCUCCCCAGCUGCUGUGUGGAGUGAAUUUCUUACAUCUUGUCCUGUCUGCACUGGCCCAAGGGCUACUGCAUGAGCUAUUGCCUGUUUAAUUUGUUCAAAGUCUGCUGCUGCUCAGGACCCUGCGUGAAAUCGUUCUUCUUCCAGGUCCCAAGAUAGAGAGGGUUUGCAGUCAGACUGUAAUCCAGAAGAUGCAUUCUUUGGAAAUCCACAGCAGCUAAGAACGCUUGUGUUUCCUUUUUGCUGGUUGGAGGAGGCAGAGCAGUUCUUGUACUUGUUCAGCAAGUAUCCAAGGUGGCCUUGCAAAACCAACUGGUGCUAGACAUAUUGCUGUCAAAAGAACACAGGGUGCGAGGGCUGUUGAACUUGAACUGAAGGAGAAUGCUGUGUCACCAUCUGCCGUGCCACCACUGGCAUAAGUGAGGCCCAUCAAGACACGAAGGAAAUCACCAGAAGGACUGGAGAGCUUUUUCAGGCAAUGCAGCCAAAAGACUGCUUUGAUGGACUGAUCCAUGGCCAUGGAUCACAUCACUGCUGAAAUCACUGGGAUGCAGGGGGUGGGGGAAAUGGCUUGUGAAGAUCAAUCUUACAAUGUGGUGUGGGUUUUUUGUUUGUAAUGGUAGGCCUUCUCACCUCUCUUCCUCUUCACCUGCUAACCGCUCUGUACAGAUCACCAUUAUUGAAGGAGACCGCAGAA